CUGCCAUGGAGGUCAUAGGAGUAACAAGGACGGCGAGAAGAUGUGCUCCCAGGGACACACGUACACACGGCCACGCACCAGGAAGACAAAGAUCUGGUGGAAGUGUUCACAGGAUGGGAGUCGAGGUUGUAAAGCCAGUCUUAGCACUACACUGGAAUUGGAUAGCCCAGAACUAGGCCGGCCUCACAAUCAUGCUGCUGAUGAGACCAAUAAGAAGGCUCUUGGAUCCAACCCAGAGAAGUUCCUCCUUUACGACAAUGACCCAGAAGCUAACAGUCGCAUCAUCGCCUUUGGUAUGGGGAAACCUUCAUCGGCUGGCAGCUGCAGGACAUCUUCAUGCUCUUACUCUCAGCCAGCCAUUGGUCACAGUCUACAGGGCAGCACCAGCUCGACGCCACAGUUUGUCACCUUCUCAACUGCACCAGCGGAGUCCGGGUUCCUGAACCCAUCAGUGCACCAGUCCUCGUGUGCAGCCCUCGUGUACACCAGCCACGUGUACACCAGCCCACGUGUACACCAGCCCUCGUGUACACAAUCCUCGUUGUUACACCAGCCCUCGUGUACACCAGCCCUCGUGUACAUUAGUCCUCGUUACACCAGUCUCGUGUACACCAGCUCUCGUGUACACCAGCCCACGUGUACACCAUUCUCGUGUUACACCAGCUCUCGUGUGCAGCCCAGGUAUACACCAGCCCUCGUGUACACCAGCCCACGUAUACACCAGCCUCGUGUACACCAGCCCACGUGUACACCAGCCCCACGUGUACACCAGUCCUCGUGUACACCAGUCCUCGUUGUACCGCUCUCGUGUACACCAGCCCACGUGUACACCGGUCUCGUGUACACCAGCUCGUGUACACCAGCCCACGUGUACACCAGCCCUCGUGUACCAGCCCACGUGUACACCAGCCCUCGUGUACAGCCCCACGUGUACACCAGCAGCACCAGUCCUCGUGUACACCAGUCCUCGUGUACACUAGCCCUCGUGUACACCAGCCCGUGUACACCAGUCCUCGUCACACCAGCCCUCGUGUACACCCAGCCCACGUGUACACCAGCCACGUGUACACCAGCCCUCGUGUACACCAAUCCUCGUGUACACCAGCCCUCGUGUACACCAGUCCUCGUGUCCACCAGCUCUCGUGUACACCAGCGUGUACACCAGCAUGUACACCAGCCUCGUUGUACACCACAUCCUCGUGUACACCAGCCCUCGUGUACAGUCCUCGAUACACCAGCUCUCGUGUACACCAGCCCACGAUAUGUACCAGCCCACGUGUACACCAGUUCUCGUGUACACCAGUCCUCGUGUACACCAGUCCUCGUACACCAGCCUCGUGUACACCAGCCCUCGUGUACACCAGCCCUCGUGUACACCAGCCACGAUGUUACACCAGCCACGUGUACACCAGUUCUCGUGUACACCAGUCCUCGUGUACACCAGCCCUCGUGUACCAGCCCUCGUACACCAGUCCUCGUGUACACCAGCUCUCGUGUACACCAGCCCACGUGUGCCACCAGCCACGUGUACACCAGUCCUCAUUACACCAGCCCUCGUGAUGGCACCCUCGAUGCCCUCACUACUAUAUGA